AUGCCCUCUGCAUUGUCGAUGAGGCCCUGGGAUGCUGCGCUCCCCAAUACUACUGCAGCAGCAUGGACCAAUGGAAGUCCAGGGCCAGAGACGCCCCUGUUCCACCAAUUUGCCCAGAUGGAUGAGAAACUGCAAAGCACCUUCCCCAGCCUGUGGCUGGCACUAAUGGUCGUGCACGGCACCAUCUUCCUUGCUGGACUGGUGCUCAAUGGACUGGCACUGUAUGUCUUCUGCUGCCGCACGCGGGCCAAGACACCUUCGGUCACCUAUACCAUCAACCUGGUGGUGACUGACCUGCUGGUGGGCCUGUCCCUGCCCACACGCUUUGCUGUCUUCUACGGUGCCCCCGGCUGCCUGCGCUGUGCCUUCCCUCACGUCCUGGGCUACUUCCUCAACAUGCACUGUUCCAUCCUCUUCCUCACCUGCAUCUGCGUGGACCGCUACCUGGCCAUCGUGCAACCCGAGGGCUCCCGGCGCUGGCGCCAGCCGGCCUGCGCCAAGGCCGUGUGCAUCUUCGUGUGGCUGGCAGCGGGAAUCGUGACCCUGUCUGUACUGGGUGUGAAGUCUGGGGGACGAUCGUGCUGCCGUGUCUUUGCUCUGACCGUCCUGGAGUUCCUGCUGCCGCUGCUGGUCAUCAGCGUGUUCACGGGCCGGAUCAUGUGUGCACUGUCGAGGCCUGGCCUGCUGCGCCAGGGUCGUCAGCGGCGUGUGAGGGCCAUGCAGCUGCUGCUCACGGUGCUGGUCAUCUUCCUGGUCUGUUUCACACCCUUCCAUGCCAGCCAGGUGGCUGUAGCUUUGUGGCCCAAUGUACCUAAGCAUACCAGCCUCGUGGCUUACCACGUGGCUGUCACCCUCAGCAGCCUCAACAGCUGCAUGGAUCCCAUUGUCUACUGUUUCAUCACCAGUGGCUUCCAGGCCACUGUCCGAGGCCUCUUCUACCAGCGUGGAGAAGAAUUCAAACCCAGCAGUAUGGAUGCGGUCAGCAUGCACAAGAGCACCAAGGGCUCAGCCCCCACUCACAUUCUCAGCACCGGUUCUCACACCCUCACCCAGCCUUUGACCAACGGGCCCGAGCCAUAG